ACAUUGUUUGCAUCUUCUAAGAUUUGACUGAGAGAAUCCAAAACCUCUACAACCAUGGAAGGCGAAGACAAGGUUGACCAUGUAAGCGAGGAAGAGGAGGAGUUCAGCACACCAGAACAUAUAGAAAAGAAGCAAAGGAAAGGGAAUGAGGAGGAUCAAAACGAAGGCGAGAAAAUUACGCUUAAAGUGAAGCAAAUCCGCGAGAGACCCGAUAGAAUCUCUCCAAUCGUCGCCUAUUUCUCUACAAGCUACAAUCCUUGUGAAGUAGAUCCAAAGACAGGCGAGAAUGUUAAUGAGACACCGAAAGUUACGGUCUACAGGCAUAAGGAUGAGACGAAGAAGAGGCUUCAGGUUGUGGUAAGCCCUCCUGGUGCAAACGUGGAGUUCGUGGGCACCAAUUACACGGGCGAGCAAGCUGCUAUGCAGACUACUGCCUAUGCGUUGGGUAUCGUCAAUAGAAAGAACAGGACGAUACGGAUUCUUCCGGUUGCUCACAAUAAGAUAAUCAGAUUGGAGCCGAGAAUUAAAACUCAAGAAGCAACUGAGGAAGAAGCUUCAGGAAGUGCGGUUGUCUCAGAACUAAGCAUAAGAGAUCGACUUCGUAAGACUAACAGUACUUUUGGUACAAAGAAAGCUGUUUCUCGGGACAAGAAGAAGCGUGACCUAAAUGUGGGAGAUGAUGCAGAGACCCAGAAGUUCCUUGACGGAAAACUUAAUGAACUCGAUAUUAAUGUAGGUGCUCUUGAAAGCACCAGUUCCAAUGUUGCACGCAACAUUCCUCCUUACGAUGCCUCUGCAACGACUUCAAGGGAAGCCUAUCCUUUGGAAAAAAUCAUCGAAAAAGGAGAAUGGAGCUUUCUUGAAGAUAUAUACCGGCUUCUACAACAGGAAACUGAAGCAGCAACUGAUGCUUACCCUGUAUUUGUCCGCAACAGAUUGUACAAGUUGCGAGAUAUCAAGGACGAUAUGGAAAAGCAGAGGGUUUCUGGUACCUUGACGUUUCUCACCCAUCUAAUUAAGUUCAAGGACAGAAAUUCUAUGAAUUUUGCUUCCGCUAAAGACCACAGGAUUCCAGAUAUCAUCCGUCGGAAAUUUAUGGGCAUGUUCAUGGAUCCUGAAUCAGACAGGAUGCCUGUUGACAAGACGCAACUUCUAGUAAGCUAUGCUCUUGUGCUAGCCCUUCACGUGGAUAAUUUCAAGACCGAUCCAGAAGACAUAGCGAAAGAUCUGAGGAUGAGCACAGUUGCGCUGAGGACACAUUUUGAGAACCUUGGCUGCAAAGUCUCGAAGGAGAAGACAACUACGUUUGCGACCUUACCGACCCCUCUCAAUUUCCCGCAGAUUAGGAGGAGGAGAAAGUCACAAAAGUGAUGACGAUCUUGGAGAAGAUAUGUUCUUUUUUAUAUAUUUUGCUGGUAUUUUAUAGACAUCUUUUUCUUGAAACUCUAUCGUGUGAUUUAUUAACAUUUUUGACAUCUAUUUCUUGGUUUAAUGAUGUUUUCGCAA